CAUAAAUAGUCACAGCUUAAUUUUCGGACGGUUUUCCCUAGGUUUCGGCAGUAUAUAAGUGUAGUGCCGUUUAUAUGACCGUGAUCGUGGGUUCUGUGUUGUACUUAUGUGUCUUAUCCCUGUAAGAAAAAAUUCCAGCACAGGGGAAGAAGGAAGGAUUUGAGACAGACGAAAUAUCUACCUUUCUAUUGAUCUUUCUGAUACAGAUUUGCUUAUGCUAAGCUCGUAUGAUAUUAAUGUUAAUAGACUUAAGUGAUUAUGUGUACCUGUAUGAAUACAUCAUCAAAUUAAAUAUGUUUAGUAAUAAAAAGAACAAUUUACCACCGAGACCUCAUAUUCCGGAUUCUGAACAUAUAUUAGAAGACCUUAAUAAUGCUCCUAUAGAUGACAUAGCAUUUAAAAUAAUUAAUAAAGAUAAAACUUUUGGAGAACAUUCAAUAAACACAAAUACUUCUGAUACCUAUCAGAAGGUAAAGAUGUAUUUAAGUAUAAAACAACAGUUAAGAUAUUUGGAAACUACCCUUGCAGAAAGAGAACAACAGCUGAAAGCUGAUAACGAAGAAAUAAGAAAACUUGCAGACAAUAUUAAGAAACAAGCACAAGCUGCAUUAAUAACAUAAAUUUUUUAUAUUUAUAAAUUCUACUGAAAUCAACUGAUUAAUCCUUCAUAUGAAAAAAAUUUUAAUAUACAAUCAUUAUCAAUUUCAUAUUGUUUUAAUUAUUAAUGUAAUGUACUAAAAAUUAGCUAAUUAUGCAAAGUAAUACUUAUCAUAAUACAUAUAUUUAUAUUUUAAUUUAUA